AAGAAACAUCCAUCCAGAAGGAACGGGAGAGGGAGAGAGAAAGAGAGAGAGAGAGAGGUAGGAGGGCGAGGAAAGGGACAUUUAAACCCACCUAAACCUGCCUGACACCGAGGACAACGACUCACGAGAGUAAAAGGACGUUACCAGGACCUGAAAACUCCUCGAGCUUUUUGCUUCUGCCAGGACGAAAAACGGCCACUUUCCCCCCCCCCCUUGUCGUCUCGCGAGAAAAACCUUCGUCGAUUUUUAGCAGGUGAUGAUCUUGGAUUAUUGUUUUUUUUCUACUUAACAAGGAUGAAAUCUGAAAAGAGCUCAGCUUGUGGAGCAAUGGCCCAGGAGACGAACCAGAGCCAGGCGCCGAUGCUUUGUGCCACCGGCUGUGGCUUCUACGGUAACCCUCGAACCAACGGCAUGUGCUCCGUGUGCUACAAGGAUCACCUGACGCGCCAGCAGAGCAGCGACCGCACAAGCCCCCUCAGCCCCAUGGGAUCGGCUGGUAGCCCUACCUCAGAGGCCUCGGCCAUCCAGAGACUAGAAGCCAGUCUAGCCAAGGUCGACGCCUCCCCGGCUUCAUCGCCCGACAUGUCUAGAACUGUUCAAGGAUCUCUUCCUGUGACUCAACAAAUGACAGAGAUGAGCAUCUCGAGAGAGGACAAACCUGAACCCUUAGAGCCCGUUGUAAACCAGCCUGCUGCUUGUAGCCCUUCUCCUGUAGCCUCCUCCAGCGCUGAAGAAGGGAAGGGAGACACCCCCAAACCCAAGAAGAACCGAUGCUUCAUGUGCCGCAAACGGGUCGGACUUACAGGAUUCGACUGUCGCUGCGGCAACCUGUUCUGUGGCAUCCACCGGUACUCCGACAAGCACAACUGUCCCUACGACUACAAGGCGGAGGCCGCCGCCAAGAUCCGCAAGGAGAACCCGGUGGUGGUGGCCGACAAGAUCCAGAGAAUAUAGAUCCUACCAGAACGAUCCAGAGAAUAUAGAUCCUACCAGAACGAUCCAGAGAAUAUAGAUCCUACCAGAACGAUCCAGAGAAUAUAGAUCCUACCAGAACGAUCCAGAGAAUAUAGAUCCUACCAGAACGAUCAUGACCACGCCUCUCACUGUCCCAGAGACUGGAGAACGAGUGUGAGCCUUUUGAGAUGAGCGCUGGCUUACGUGAGGAUGGAAAGGACUUGAUUUUACAAAAUAACAACCUCAAGAGAAAUGACAGACAGGAGGAAGAUGAAGAAGAAGAAG